GUGCAUGCUCGGCGAGAUGGAGCAUUCGUUUGCCGAGCACGUCAACCUGAGGGAAGAGGACUUCGCGCUGGUGGAGUACAACUGUCGGCUGCGGGACCUGCGGCCCGAACGUUGCGUCAUCUACCUCCCCAAGGGAGGUGCCGAGCAGGUGGAGGCGGUGACGCCUGACGGUGACUGCUACCUGGAGACUUGGGCCCUGCCAGAGGUUGCCGCGUGGACCCGCCUGCCCAGCGAGGCCCAGGGCGGAGAUCGGGGGGAUCCGAGCCCUCGCUGCUACCGCUCCCGCCAGGUGCCGCUGGCCCAAGGGCUUGGGGCCCAGAGGGAUGCCUUGGCGCACCGGUGCCGGCUUCCCCCGCCUGGACCGCCGCUGGUGCCGAACGUCGGGCUGGCGAUCGCAGCCCUGGCGGCCCCGCCAGCCUUGCCUCCACCGGUCAAAGGGCCGCCGACGUCCCGUGGUGGGGCAGGAGCUCUGGCUGACGCCGCAGCUGGCGGGGGGGUCGACGCGGGUCGGCCACUUGGCAGGUGGGUGACCGCCGAGGGGCGGCGUGGCAUCGCGCGGCUGACCCGAGGGGGCGCCCCAUCUGCCGCCCGCGUGGUCGAUGACCGCGCCCUGACCCAGCGCGCUGAGAAGCCGCUGGUGCUGAUGCUGGUCACGGACAAGACGGCCCGAGGCCCCCUUGGCUUGGAGCCAGGCGCCGCGGCGGCGCGUGGGGCCCCCCGCGAGGAGGAUGACGACGAGCUUCGCUCGCUGUCCGUGGUGUUGGAUCGGAUGAACGGAAGCCACCGCACCUGGGAGAACGUAGUGGAGGACCUCAGCGAGAAAGGCACCACCGACUGGGCGCUGAUGGGACCGCGGACGGCGGUGUGGCCUUGCCGUCACCUCCACAUCAGCGGCGGGAGCCUGACGGCCUUCUUCGCUCGGACGGUACGUGACAUGAAGGUGGCCGAGGACGAUCGAAGUGCCCUCGAGCUCGAGGCAUGGCUCAGUGUGCUGGAGCUGCCGGUCAUGGACGCGAGCUCGGGCGGAGGCGCCGCCGUUGAGAAGGACUCCGAGGACCUCGUGGGGCUCGGGCGCAGGGCGCGAGGUGUUGCCCCGGCUCUUCAGAGCCACGUGGCCGCCAGGCUCAGGAACGAGGCAGAGGUCGACAAGCAGCGCAUCAAG